AUGAUAGCCCUCACAAUCUUCGAUUUUGACGGCACUCUCUUCGAUACCCAUGAAUCCAUCUCCCAAACCAUAAAACUCACCUUUGACGCCCUCUUUCCCGCCCACACUCCUCCCCAAUCUGAAAUCCACUGUCUCAUUGCCAGCGGCGCCGGCCUAGCAGAUACUUUUAAAGUCCUACAUCCUUCCCCAGCGGAAGUCACUCCGAUUGCUGAGAACGAGUGGAUUGAAAAAUACCGCGCUCUCUAUGCUACCCAUGGUCAACUGCUCAUUAAGGCCUUCCCCGGCGCCAAGGAUCUCCUGGCCGAACUCAAUGCCCACAAGAUCCCCAUCGCCAUCGUCAGCAACAAAGGCGUAGCCGCUGUGAAAACGGCCCUGCAGCGGAAUGGUCUGAAUUGCUACGUGCCCGAGGAUUUAAUCAUCGGCGAUAAGACGCCCGGGGCGAAACGCAAGCCGGAUCCUGCUAGCUUCAUCGAUGUGCUGGUUUCCGUCCUGAAGGAGAGAUAUGGGCUGGAGGAGCUUGAUUCGGGCAGCGUACUGGUGGUGGGUGAUACAGUAGCGGAUAUUCAGUUCGCGAGGAACAUUAAGAGCAAGGUCUGCUGGUGUCGGUAUGGGUACGGAGACCGAGAGGCUUGUCAGGAAUUGACGCCGGAUUUUGUGGUUGAUUCUUUGGGGGAGGUUGUAGGGAUCGUGAAGGCUUAA